CCGCUGCCCCUUAAGCACGGCGGGUGCUGGGCGGGAGCGGGUCGCGUGAGCCGUUGGGCGGCUUGGGGCAGGCGUGCAGUGACGGAGUCCGGGUCCGGGUUCCGAGGCGGCGCGCGGCGGCGGAGCGAGCCAGUCGGGCCCGGAGUGGCGUGGUCCAUGAGCCGGCGCCGGAGGAAGCGCAGAGCCGCAGACUCCCCUGGCCCCAGCGCGGCCCGGGCAGCUGCGGGCUGAGGAGUCGCGGGGCUCCGGUGGGCGCCCCGAGCUGCCACCAUGAACCCCGAGAAAGACUUCGCGCCGCUCACGCCCAACAUCGUGCGCGCCCUCAAUGACAAGCUCUACGAAAAGCGGAAGGUGGCAGCGCUGGAGAUUGAGAAGCUGGUCCGGGAGUUCGUGGCCCAGAACAACACCGUGCAAAUCAAGCAUGUGAUCCAGACCCUGUCUCAGGAGUUUGCCCUGUCUCAGCACCCCCACAGCCGGAAGGGGGGCCUCAUUGGCCUGGCCGCCUGCUCCAUUGCACUGGGCAAGGACUCAGGACUCUACCUGAAGGAGUUGAUCGAGCCAGUGCUGACCUGCUUCAAUGACGCUGACAGCAGGCUGCGCUACUACGCCUGCGAGGCUCUCUACAACAUCGUCAAGGUGGCCCGAGGCGCUGUGCUGCCCCACUUCAACGUGCUCUUUGACGGGCUGAGUAAGUUGGCUGCUGACCCAGACCCCAAUGUGAAAAGUGGAUCUGAGCUCCUAGACCGCCUCUUAAAGGACAUUGUGACGGAAAGCAACAGGUUUGACCUGGUGGGCUUCAUCCCCUUGUUGCGGGAGAGGAUUUACUCCAACAACCAGUACGCCCGGCAGUUCAUCAUCUCUUGGAUCCUGGUUCUAGAGUCCGUGCCAGAUAUUAACCUGCUGGAUUAUUUGCCGGAGAUCCUGGAUGGACUCUUCCAGAUCCUGGGCGACAAUGGCAAAGAAAUUCGGAAAAUGUGUGAGGUGGUCCUUGGAGAAUUCUUGAAAGAAAUUAAGAAGAACCCCUCCAGUGUUAAGUUUGCUGAGAUGGCCAACAUUCUGGUGAUCCAUUGCCAGACCACGGAUGACCUGAUCCAGCUGACAGCUAUGUGCUGGAUGCGGGAGUUCAUCCAGCUGGCCGGCCGGGUGAUGCUGCCCUACUCCUCUGGGAUCCUGACCGCCGUCUUGCCCUGCCUGGCCUACGAUGACCGCAAGAAAAGCAUCAAGGAGGUGGCCAACGUGUGCAACCAGAGCCUCAUGAAGCUAGUCACCCCUGAGGACGAUGAGCCCGAUGAGCUGAAGCCAGUGGUGCUGAGGCAGGCGGAACCCAACCCUGACGACUCCCUGGUAAAGCAGGAGGGGACAGUCAGUGGAGGCCCCAGUGGUUCUUGUGACUCCAGCUUCAGUAGUGGCAUCAGUGUCUUCACUCCAGCCAGCACUGAAAGGGCCCCGGUCACCCUCCACCUUGAUGGGAUUGUGCAGGUCCUAAACUGCCACCUCAGUGACACAGCCAUCGGGAUGAUGACCAGGAUUGCCGUCUUGAAGUGGCUCUACCACCUCUACAUCAAGACUCCCCGGAAGAUGUUCCGGCACACAGACAGCCUCUUCCCCAUCCUGCUUCAGACGUUAUCAGACGAAUCCGACGAGGUUAUCCUGAAGGAUCUGGAAGUGUUGGCAGAAAUUGCAUCCUCCCCUGCAGGCCAGACGGAUGACCCAGGCCCCCUCGAUGGCCCUGACCUCCAGGUCAGACACUCAGAGCUUCAGGUGCCCCCAACAGGCAGAGCCGGCCUGAUGAACACUCCUGGUACCAAAGGCUUAGAAUGUUCUCCUUCCACUCCCACCAUGAACUCCUACUUUUAUAAGUUCAUGAUCAACCUUCUCAAGAGGUUCAGCAGUGAACGGAAGCUCCUGGAGGUCAGAGGCGCUUUCAUCAUCAGGCAGCUCUGCCUCUUGCUGAAUGCAGAGAACAUCUUUCACUCAAUGGCAGACAUCCUGCUCCAGGAGGAGGACCUCAAGUUCGCCUCGACCAUGGUUCAUACCCUCAACACCAUCCUGCUCACCUCCACAGAGCUCUUCCAGCUGAGAAACCAGCUCAAGGACCUGAGGACUCUGGAGAGCCAGAACCUGUUUUGCUGUCUGUACCGCUCCUGGUGCCACAACCCAGUCACCACGGUGUCCCUCUGCUUCCUCACCCAGAACUACCGGCAUGCCUACGACCUCAUCCAGAAGUUCGGGGACCUGGAGGUCACUGUGGAUUUCCUCACUGAGGUGGACAAGCUGGUGCAGCUGAUCGAGUGCCCCAUCUUCACAUACCUGCGCCUGCAGCUGCUAGAUGUGAAGAACAACCCAUACUUGAUCAAGGCCCUCUACGGCCUGCUCAUGCUGCUGCCCCAGAGCAGCGCCUUCCAGCUGCUCUCCCACCGGCUCCAGUGCGUGCCCAACCCCGAGCUGCUGCAGACUGAAGACAGUCUGAAGGCGGCCCCCAAGUCGCAGAAAGCAGACGCCCCCAGCAUCGACUACGCAGAGCUGCUGCAGCAUUUUGAGAAGGUCCAGAAGAAGCACCUGGAAGUGCGGCACCAGCGCAGUGGGCGUGGGGAUCACCUGGACCGGAAAGUUGUCCUCUGACAGGCCUGGCACGGAGAAGGGCCCAAGGAGUGGUCCCAUGGUGCCCAAGGACCUGGCUCGGGGGCAGGGCUGGGCCUGGCCACUAGCCCCAAGCAGGGUGGUUAGACAGAGGCUGCUCUGUCUACCCAGGCUCCUCUCACAGCGCAACCCCCAGGCCUCCAGUGCUGUCAGCUGCACCCUGGCAUUCAGACAGAGCUGGCUUCCCACCUGGGCGGGGCCCCAGCCUCAGAUGCCACUCAUCCUCUGGAAUCAGUCUCUUUCUAAUAUCCUCUUAUAAAAGAGCUUGACCACCCCAGCCCACCAGAGCUCUGGCCUCGUGCAGACAUGCAUAUACGCACCUGUGUGCACACAGGGCCAGCAUAGAGGUCCGUAUGAAUGACACACCCUCUGCCCCAAUAAAGAAAUGACAGAAAACCCUCAA